AUGGUUGAUGCAGACCAAAUUAUCGUCUUGGCCGGGUGUAUAACUGCAUUAUUCAUAAACUCGAUGUUGAUUUAUCUAACUGUUUAUCAUGUGACAUUCAUCAAAGGAACCUAUAAGAAAAUGAUAAUCAUAUUUGCCUUUGCUUGUAUUCUUUUCGAUGCCACCGAAUUUCUUUCUCGCCCGCAUCUCCAUAACUUCAAUGGUAGUUUGACGUAUUUCAGUCACAACCACAUUCCAGAAAAUCAAAUAUUUUUCUACGUGGUGUUCAUCGAUGCCUAUGCAGGUUUAUAUUGCUCUUUGAUAACGUUUGUGGCGAUUCAAUUCAUUUUUCGAUAUGCUACUCUGCUCGGAAAACGAAAAUUAUUGAGUACAUUCUACGGGUUUCAAAGUAUGAUUUGGGUGCCUGUUGUUGUGGUUCCAGGAAUUGUGUUUUGUGUUAUGGGCAUGAUUUUAAUGCAGCCAGAUGAACACUCUGAUGGGUACAUAAAAGAGGAAUUUCGUCAAAUUUAUUCGAGAAAUAUAAAACAAAUGGCAAGAUUGAUUCUGGUCGCAUACGAUGCGAAUAAAAAUAUUCGUUGGAAAAAUCUUUCAUACUGCUUUGUUGGCUCAUCCAUCCUAUCUUUUAUCUACUCAGUCAUCAUUUUUUGUGCUGUAAAAAUGCAAAUAAACAUCACCAAACAACUCAAACACGUAUCCGUCCGUCAUCGAAAUCUAGAAAUGCAAUUCUUCAAAACUAUUAUCAUUCAAAUAGCUCUUCCCACAAUUUUUCUUACUUUUCCUAUGAUGCCAAUGCUCGUGAUACCGAUUUUCGAUCUGGAAAUCAGUUUCCACUCAAAUAUUUUUUAUUGGGCACUGAGUUUGUACCCAGCAUUAGAUAGUAUUGCGGUUAUGUUCAUCGUUUCGGAAUACAGAACAUGUGUAAGAAAAAUCUUGAAAUGUGGGUCUGCCGUUGACGCCAGUAAUCCAAUAUCCACUUCAAAUAUGCAUCAAAUAAGUCCAGCCUCGUAA